AUGAAAGACAUCGAGGAAAAUCUUGAUGUAAAACUCGUUGAUCAAGAUGAUCUUGAGAGCUCAAUAACCAAAAGAGCGAACGAGGCGCUCAUAAAUCGAGAGACUGAGCUAGAUGAGAAGCGAUUGCAAAAAUCGACCUCGGACUUGGAGAAAACAUUGAAGAGAAUAUCACUUCUUCAAAAACGCCUUGAUAAUCCACGAACCAAGCUAUCACAACUUAAGCUGUUGAAGGACGAGAUCCAAUGGCUCAACAAGAAUGAGCUAAUUCCACGGCAACAAGACGUUGCGGACAUCAGAGCAAGACUACAGGGAAACAAGGAGCUGCUUCAAGAGAAAGAUACAGGGGGCUCAGGUCAGCGGCAAGCUGGCGAAAGCGAGCGGGACUUCUUAAUACGAACUGGUAAGAUUACUGCGUUCGGUAACUCGACCUCGUUUGCCACAGAUGACCAGACAAAUAGAUCGCAUCAGCAUUUACGAGCUCCGGGAUUUGAAGAAGUAGGAAAGAGGCAAAGAAUUGCAGAGCAUCGAGAAAACCUGCUUGUCAAGAGCAAUGAUGAGGCUGAUGGCCCGCUUCGAAAACGAGCGAAGAAGGACCUACUGGAGUCUGAGUAUGAGGAUCAGGAUGACUCAGAAGCUGACUAUAUUGGUUCAGAGGAUGAUGUUGUCGACUCUGCUGACGAUGUUGUAGAUAGAAUAAGUGAUUCCGACGAUAAUUUGGAUAUGUCUUUGAGCCUGCGAAACAUCGAUGAUGGGGAUGAAACAGUUUAUCAACUGAGACUCCAGGAGUGGACAAGCAGAAGGUCGCAGUUACGAGAGGAAAACAAUUCUGAUCGCACUGUUGCUGAUCUUCCAGAAUGGCAGCAGCCUCAUCCAAGCAUACCUGAUGCUGUGCUUAAUGCAAAAUUCAAGUUGCCAGGGGAUAUAUAUCCCUCUUUAUUCGAGUAUCAAAAAACGUGCGUCCAAUGGCUUUGGGAGCUCUAUUCUCAAAAAACAGGAGGAAUUAUAGGUGAUGAGAUGGGAUUGGGUAAAACAAUACAGGUCAUUGCAUUCUUGGCAGGUCUACAAUAUUCUGGCCUUCUUGACAAGCCCGUCUUACUUGUGGUUCCAGCCACAGUCAUGAAUCAGUGGGUGAAUGAGUUCCACCGCUGGUGGCCUCCCUUCAGAUGUAUGAUCCUCCACAGUAUUGGCUCUGGAAUGAACAAGAGCUCUAUAAGAACAGAGGAACAGCUUGAAGCACAUCUUGAGGAGGAGGAUGCGGACUUUGAUGCGCAAUUAAGCAUGAAAGCGGCCAACAAUCAGGUGAAUGCUAAAGCUAUCGUUGAUAGAGUCAUGGAAAAGGGCCAUAUUUUAGUGACUACAUAUGUCGGUCUCAGGAUUUACUCAAAACAUAUACUUCCUAGGGAAUGGGGAUAUGUUGUACUUGACGAGGGCCACAAGAUCAGAAACCCGAAUUCUGAGAUAUCACUUGCAUGCAAACGUGUGAAGACUUAUAAUAGAAUAAUCUUGUCGGGGACUCCAAUUCAGAAUAAUUUGACCGAACUUUGGUCGUUAUUUGACUUCGUCUUUCCUGGAAGGCUUGGCACGCUACCGGUGUUUGAACAACAGUUUGCAAUCCCCAUUAACGUGGGUGGGUAUGCAAACGCCUCGAACGUACAAGUUCAAACAGGUUACAAAUGUGCUGUGAUCUUGCGAGAUCUCAUCUCUCCCUACCUUUUGAGGCGUCUAAAGGUUGAUGUAGCACAAGACCUUCCCAAGAAAAACGAGAUGGUUUUGUUUGUCAAGCUCACACAAUAUCAACAAAACCUAUACGAAAAGUUUUUGGGAAGUGAGGAUGUCAAUGCAAUCCUUAAAGGAAAGAGAAAUGUUCUUAUGGGUGUCGAUAUGUUAAGAAAAAUUUGCAAUCAUCCUGACCUCAUAGACAGGGACAUGUUGCUCAGAAGGAGAGGUUAUAGCUACGGAAACCCUACAAAAUCAGGCAAAAUGCAAGUUUUAAAAAACUUGUUGCAACUUUGGCAAAAGGAGGGUCAUAGAACCCUUGUAUUUUGCCAAACGAAACAGAUGCUAGAUAUUUUGGAGAAGUUCGUGGUGAACCUAAAGAGAGUCGAUGAUGAAGGAGACGACAUUGAAGAACAGGACCAUUUUCACUAUUUGCGAAUGGAUGGCUCGACUCCAAUUGGAAAACGACAGCAAUUGGUCGAUACCUUCAACAACAAUAAGUACUACGACUGUUUUUUACUUACCACCAAAGUUGGAGGGCUAGGUGUCAACCUCACAGGUGCAGAUAGAGUUAUCAUCUACGACCCAGAUUGGAAUCCAUCUACAGAUAUUCAAGCCCGAGAAAGAGCCUGGCGUCUAGGACAGACGAAAGACAUUACAAUCUACAGGUUGAUGACAGCCGGAACGAUUGAGGAGAAGAUUUAUCAUAGACAGAUUUUCAAAACUUUUUUGACCAACAAGAUUUUAAAGGAUCCAAAGCAAAGGCGAUUCUUCAAGAUGAAUGACCUUCACGACUUAUUCAGCCUAGGUGAUCCACAGGAGAAGGGAACAGAGACUGGUGACAUGUUCAGUGGGAGUGAAAAGACAUUUAGAGGAAGCAAAAAUAGGAAGUCUACGCAACUUAAUAAGCGUGAGCACAAAAAUGACGAUGACUUGUAUCAAGUGGCAAGCAUCAUGGGUGUGUCUAAGCUCGACAAUUACGUUGGUGACGAAGAGAAUGACGAUGAAAAGAAGGAUGAGAACAGAAUUAUGGAAGGCAUAUUUGCCAACGCUGAUGUAGUCCACAGUACAUUGCAGCAUGAUGAAAUCAUUAACUCCAAUCUCCAAGAGGUCAGCAUUGUCGAGAGAGAGGCAGCUCGAGUGGCGAAAGAAGCUGCAGAAGCUCUCAAACGGUCCAGGAUACUGGCACGAUCUACUGCAGUAGGUACCCCUACUUGGACCGGCAAAUUCGGUGUAGCAGGCAGAUUUGGCCCCAAGACGAAGAACGGCGGCAGGAAGAGCCGCUUAGGUUCGAAGUCACCUAGUCAAUCGCCGACUCCCGUGGCUCCUGAUGCUGUCUCCUCGACAUCAAUUUUGGACCAGUUAAGACAAAAAAAGGCGAACGCUGCCAAAAGGGCUGCUAAGGAAACAAAGGCUCUAACAGAUGAUGAUAAACAGCAACUACUUGAACAUUUGAUACAGUUUUUGCAGCAGCAACCGGAGAAGUUCAGCAAGUCUGAUGCGAUCCUCAAGUCGUUGCCCCGAACAGUAAAUUUGAAGGAUGAGAAAGAGAUGAUUUCUGUAAGAUCACUUCUUAGAGAAGCCGCAGAUUGGGAUACUUCACAAAAAGGUUGGAGGCUCAAGGAGUCCUUCCUGGAGUAG